CGCCGCCCGCAGACGCCCGCAGACGCCGCCCGCAAGCCGCCCGCAGCCCCCACACCGCCCUCCGCGCAGCCCCCGCCCGCGCGAGCCACCCAUGAUGCUGGCCCACUCGGCGCUGGCCAGCUCGGUCCGCUCAGGCCUGAGGAAUGCCUUUAAGGGAAGGACUGCAGGCUUGUACGCAAGAUUCCUGGGUUCUUCUUCAGUUCGAAAUGUGGCAGUGGAGCAAGAAUCAGAAUUGCGUCCCUUGUACUUAGAUGCCCAGGCAACCACACCAUUAGACCCACGUGUACUAGAUGCUAUGCUACCUUAUCUUACACACCAAUAUGGAAAUCCUCACUCUCGCACUCAUGCCUAUGGUUGGGACAGUGAGAAAGCAAUGGAAAAAGCUAGACAGCAAGUUGCUGAACUCAUUGGAGCAGACAAGAAAGAGAUUAUAUUUACAUCAGGGGCCACAGAGAGCAAUAACAUUAGUGUCAAAGGUGUUGCCAGAUUUUACAGGUCUAAGAAACGCCAUGUGAUCACUACUCAAACUGAACAUAAAUGCGUCUUAGACUCCUGCCGUGCUCUUGAAAACGAAGGCUGGGAUAUAACCUAUCUUCCAGUACAAUCGACAGGUCUGAUUUCUCUUGAAGAAUUAGAAGCAUCCAUUAGACCUGAUACUGCUCUGGUGUCUGUUAUGAUGGUUAACAAUGAAAUUGGGGUUGUUCAGCCUGUCAAAGAGAUUGGUGCAUUGUGCCGCUCUCGCAAGAUAUUUUUCCAUACAGAUGCUGCUCAGGCUGUGGGUAAGAUACCCAUCAAUGUGAAUGAACAGAAUAUUGACCUAAUGUCUAUUAGUGGCCACAAAAUUUAUGGGCCGAAGGGCAUUGGUUGUCUGUACGUCCGCCGACGCCCAAGGGUACGUGUAGAGGCUUUGAUGAGUGGCGGUGGGCAAGAACGUGGCAUGAGAUCUGGAACUGUGCCAACCCCUCUUGUCGUUGGCUUAGGUGAAGCAUGUGAAAUUGCAAAGAAAGAGAUGGAGUAUGAUUCCCAGUAUAUAAAAAAGCUGUCAGACACACUGGUCCACUCCAUUAUGUCAAGAGUACCCAAUGUCAUCAGGAAUGGUGAUACAGAACACACAUACCCUGGCUGUGUAAAUCUCUCCUUUGCUUUUGUAGAAGGUGAAAGUUUGCUAAUGGCGCUGAAGGAUGUAGCACUCUCCUCAGGAUCAGCUUGCACUAGUGCCUCUCUGGAGCCUUCAUAUGUUUUAAGGGCCAUUGGAACAGAGGAGGACCUGGCACACUCAUCCAUUCGGUUUGGCAUUGGACGAUUUACCACAGAGAAAGAAGUUCAGUACACGGCUGAUAAGUGUGUGGAACAUGUGAAAAGACUAAGAGAAAUGAGUCCUCUGUGGGAAAUGGUCCAAGAAGGCAUUGAUCUGAAGAGUAUCCAGUGGUCACAGCAUUAACACAUAUAACAAAAGCAUUUCCUUGUAGCCAGUUUUACUAUAUUUGUUUAUUGUUUUGAGAUUAAAAUUAAAUUGUAAAUUGUAUGCGUGUGUGUGUGUGCAUGUGUCUGUGUGUGCUCGCAUUUGCACAGAAAUG